UUCCAGCAUCUCCGCUCCGGCUGCGCUCUGCCUUGCUUUCCUGCUACCUGCUCUAGCGCGAGCGAGAGAGGUACGGCGGCCGAUCUGGCGGCGCAGGCGGAGGGCUCGGCCGGGGCCGGCAAGUCGGCGCCGAACAUGGGGAGGGGCCGGGUCGAGCUCAAGCGGAUCGAGAACAAGAUCAACCGCCAGGUCACCUUCGCCAAGCGCCGCAACGGCCUGCUCAAGAAGGCGUACGAGCUCUCGGUGCUCUGCGACGCCGAGGUCGCGCUCAUCAUCUUCUCCAACCGCGGCAAGCUCUACGAGUUCUCCAGCACGCAGAGCAUGCCAAAAACACUUGAAAAGUACCAAAAAUGCAGUUUUGCAGGGCCUGAAACAGCACUCCAGAAUAGAGAGAAUGAGCAACUGAAAAGUAGCCGCAAUGAGUACCUCAAACUGAAGGCACGUGUUGAUAAUUUACAGCGGACUCAAAGGAACUUGCUUGGUGAAGAUCUUGAGUCAUUAGGCAUAAAAGAGCUGGAGCACCUGGAGAAGCAGCUCGAUUCGUCCUUGAAGCACAUAAGAUCUACAAGGACACAACACAUGGUUGAUCAACUGACAGAACUUCAGAAAAAAGAACAAAUGUUUUGUGAAGCAAAUAAGUGUCUUCGAAGAAGACUGGAGGAGAGCAACCAGGUUAUAUGGCAGCAUGCGUGGGAGCAAAGCGAGCGGCAUUCUGAAGUGCAGCCGCAGCAGCUCAAUGGCAAUAACUUCUUCCAUCCCCUCGAUGGUGCUGGUGAACCCACCCUUCAGAUAGGGUAUCCUUCAGAGGCACUGACUAGCUCAUGCAUGACCACCUUCCUGCCCCCGUGGUUGCCAUGAGAUCGAACUACUGCGCAAUUCCGAAUUAAUAAGCAUGGCCGCAUGCAGCUGCCUGUGCUAUACGUUGUGCUUGGAGUGUACUUUAAGGUUCUUGCAUGGCAAGUAUGUGUGUAACAUUUGUGAUGAACAUGGAAACUAUCCACUUAAUUCUCGAAUAAUCAAUGAACUGGGUAAGAUUGUAACAU